AUGACAUUUCCUGAUAGCAGCAAAGCGGACCCUCAGACGGCCCCAACCUCCGCCACCUCAUCCCUCCCAGCAACAACAGGAGAGAGGAGUACCCGUUCCCGUCCCCACUCCCGUCCCCGCUCUGAUAAACCCCAUCAACCUCUAUCUUGCCCCCAGGACCCACGAGACCCCAGCAUAUCGACAGCGAUUGACGAAAGCAUCGACGAGAGCCACCAAGAUCCGACGGAACUCGUUAGCCUCCCACCUCCCAAUCCGGAUCAUGACCACGACUGCAGCGAUAACCGCAACCACAGCAGGUCAUCGUCAGUGUCGUCGAUCUCCUCAGGCUCCGUACGCCUAGUUGUCCAACGCACGGCCAGCACGGAGCAGACGAGGAGAUCCAGUUUGGAAACUCAGGGGGGCCAUCUGGGCAGUUUGCGCAGGUAUUGGUCACGGCAUGUCUCGUUGGUAGUCCCACGGAAUCAGAAUCGGGAUCAUUUUGGGGGGAAUAAAUUGAAAACAGCCCUCGAAAGAACCUUCCUAGCUUACAUACGCACAUCGCUCUCCUUCGCUUUCCACGGCGUUCUCAUAGCCCAAUUAUUCAGUCUGCAGAACCGGGAGAACCACGACACGACAUUUGGGUUCUAUACUGUCGGGCUGCCGCUUGCCUGUGCAUGUCAUGCCUGUGCGAUCCUGGUUGCAGCCGUAGGGGCGUACCGGUUUUGGAGACAGCAGAAUGCGCUGGCGAGGGGUAAAGUACAUGCCGGUGGGUGGGAGCUAAAUCUGUCGGGUGCUUGUACUGUUGGUGUGAGUGAUACUGGUUCGCGCGUGCCUGCGCAACCUCAACUGGCCACGAUGUGGAUGUCAAAGUCGCACCGGAUUAUUCUCCUCCUCGUCAUCGAUUCCAUGUUCUUCCUCCUCGAACUAAUUGUUGGUUAUUCUGUACACUCGCUGGCAUUAAUAGCGGAUUCUUUUCAUAUGCUUAAUGAUGUUCUAUCACUAUGCGUUGGACUCGGGGCUGUCAAGGUUGCAAACCGGAAGACAAGCUCGAAGAUAUAUACCUAUGGGUGGCAACGAGCAGAAACACUUGGCGCACUGGUAAACGGCGUAUUCCUCGUCGCGUUAUGUCUCUCAAUCUUCCUCGAAGCUAUCCAAAGAUUAGUCGAACCGCAAGAGGUUAGAAACCCCAAACUAAUCUGUGUUGUUGGCUGCUUCGGUCUUUUAUCCAACUUUUUUGGGUUGGUGCUUUUCCACGAGCACUCGCAUGGUCAUGGCGGACAUUCUGAUGGGCAUAACACGGAGGAGGCGGUGGAUACGGCUGAGCAGGGUUAUGCACAGGAAGUCAGUAGAGAAGCGAUGAGUGAUGAAUCCGGAACCGUCGUCAGUGCAGCGUCAGGAAAUGUAGUCGCCAACCGAUUCGAGGUGGAGCGUGGGGCUACGAAGCAAAAGGGCAGUGUAGAGAAUGGUGUAUCCAAUCCUGCCAGGAAGCGCUCCAACUCUCGUCGGUUCAGUUCAUCGGGACCAAGGGCAUUCCGCGAUGCAGAAGAUAUCCAAAUCCACCCUGCCAUUCUACGUCGGGAUAUCAUCGAAGCCAGUCGCUUUGACGACGAGACAUUUUCCGAAUCAGAUACGGAAUCAAACCGUUCUACUUCAGAACGGACGGGAUUACUUGAUGGACACAAUGGGGCUACGUAUUCUACAACAAACGUCACACAGGGAGCCGCAAGCCAACCGUCCAAAGACCCGCAUAAGGACCUACAUGACGCGCACAACCACGCCAAACCAAAGUCCACCGAGGGCAAAAAAGGCCAUUCCCACUCCGACCUUAACAUGCGUGGCAUUUUCCUCCAUGUCGUAGGUGACGCACUGGGUAACUUCGGUGUAAUCGCCUCAGCUCUCAUAAUCUGGCUGACAAACUACUCCUGGCGCUUCUAUGCGGACCCAGCAAUCUCCCUGGUCAUCACCGUCAUAAUCCUCGCCUCCGCCAUCCCACUCUGCAAAGCCGCAUCGCGCAUCCUCCUCCAAGCCGUCCCUGCUGAUCUAAGCAUCGACCACAUCAUAGAAGACAUCCAGGAUCUCCCCGGCGUCCUGAGCUGCCACCACCUGCACGUCUGGCAGCUUAGCGACACAAAACUCGUCUGCUCGUUACAUAUACAGGUUAGCCAUGAUAUCAAGGGCGAAGGGUCGGAUAGGUAUAUGGAGCUAGCGCGGCAGGUGCGCAGGUGUCUGCAUGCGUAUGGGAUUCAUUCGUCAACGAUUCAGCCGGAGUUUUAUCCUGGUAGCGACACUGAUGAAACGUCCCGUGUGGGAUCGUCUCAUUCUCUGGCUGCUCAGGGUGGGCAGUGUGGCACUGCUCGACAACGCGGUCCCGGUACGUGUGUUGCUGAUGCUAACUGCCUGCUUGAGUGUGGGGUUGAGUGCGCGGCUGGUCGACAGUGUUGUCCUGGUGGCAAGUAG